AUGAUCGGGUUUAUUGGACUUGGAAAUAUGGGAAGUGGAAUGGCGAGAAGUUUGAUGAGAAACGGAAAAAAGUUGAUUAUUUUGGAUACGAAUAAAGCAGUGGUUGAUGAAUUCAAAGCCGAAGGUUGUGAAGUCGCUGAACAUCCUUCUGAUAUUGCAGCAGCUUCGCGACAUAUUAUAACAAUGUUACCAAGAACUGCACAUGUUAAUGAAGUUUAUACAGGAUCUUCUGGGAUUUUGAAGUGAGAAGUUCUUGCAUAAUGUUUUGAAAAAUCUUCAAAAACGUAUUUAUAGAACUAUUCAACGAGGAACUCUUUGUAUUGAUUGCUCUACAAUUGAUCGACACAUGUCAACCACUUUAGCAAAACUUGUUCGCGAACAUAACGCUGAAUUUAUGGAUGCUCCGGUUUCUGGAGGAAUUGAGCAUGCAAAAGAGGGAACUUUAAAAAUAAUGGUUGGAGCUGAAAGUGAGCAGGUCUUCGAAAGAGCCAAAGAAGAAGUCUUGAGUAAAAUGGCGAAAAAAGUAUAUCACGUUGGAAAAGUUGGCGAUGGUCAAGCUGUAAAAGUUUGCAAUAUGAUGGUUGCUGGGAUCAAUGCUUUAGCUCUGUCUGAAGCCAUGAACCUUGGAAUUGAGAUGGGAAUUGAUCCAGUGGUCCUCAAUAAAAGUAUCAACACUUCAACUGGUUAUAGUUAUAUUUCAAAAAGCGCUAAUCCAGUUCCUGGAGUUCAUCCAAAAGCUCCAGCUUCGAAUGAAUAUAAAGAUGGAUUUACUGUUUCUUUGAUGGCUCGUGAUCUUUCGCAUGCUCAAAUCGCUUCAACCGAUUGUCACGCUGCAACACCUUUGGGCUCGCUGACUCAUCAAAUCUACACAAUCCUCGCUCAAAACCCUGAAUAUUCUAGCAAAGAUUUUACAAGUAUUUAUCAAUUUUUGAUAAACAAGAAAAAAUAA